AUGACGGGAAACAACAAGAGAAAACAGCAAUCGAGGAAGAACCGUCGCCCGCAUUUUCCAGGGCAUCUAUUCCAUCUGCUAAAGCUGGUGGAAGAGAAUGGUUGGGAUCAUAUCAUUUCCUGGGUGAAUGAUGGCAAAGCGUUUCGAGUGUACGAAAUUGAAGAGUUUGAAAAACGACUUCUUCCUACGUAUUUCAACAGCAAGAAAUAUGCUAGCUUUACCAGACAGCUUCACGCCUAUGGUUUCAACUGCGUAAGAACAGGAAGACAGACUGGAAUUUACUCGCAUCCAAGCUUUCAUCGCAAUGAUCCACAGUCUUCCUGCUCUCUAGAAAGAGAAGUAGGAAGACUGAAAUCCAGUGCAAAAAUCUCCAAAGAAAAGCAAGUUCGAGGAGGAGCUGCCAAGACCAUUGUCGACAUGCCUUUGUUGGUGGAGAAUAACUCUUCCAGUGAAUCGGACAGUCAAGAGGGCGAUUCCAGUAGUAGUGACUCGGCCACUUCUUCUACCACCAACACAACAACAACUACGUCCAAGCUAUACAAGAACGCUGCGACAGUGGCGGAUCAGACGAAAAAGACACUGCUUGCCAAUCAUCCACAGCUCCGUUUCCCAUUCAAUAUGAACAUGAACGGAAGAGGUUCAAGCUUUUGGUCUCUUUCUGUGGCCACAAGCGCUGCCUUGAUGAAUGCCUAUGGGGGAGGAUUGGGCAAUCAUCAUGCGCCACAAAUGAGUGCUACCAAUACUUUGCUAGAAAAUGAGAAACUGCGACAACAUCUUUUGGCAUCCACAGAUGUUAUCAGCAGAUCUCCUGCUGCUGCUACUACUACUACUACUACUGACUUUUCUGUCCGUGAGGGUGAUUUUGAUCCAAGACCAUUUCCACCAUCACAUCAUGGAUUCAACCCAAAUAUGCUGAAUCUAAACAAGGGUCGCACGAACCAGAAUUAG